AUUACAAUAGAGCACUUGAUUGAAAAAAUACCCUUAAACGCAAAGCAGCUGCCAUAAUACUGGCAGGAUGAAUGGGACAGAAGGUAUCAAUUUUUAUGUGCCUAUGUCCAACAAGACAGGGGUGGUGCGAAGCCCCUUUGAGUACCCCCAGUAUUACCUAGCCGAGCCCUGGAAAUACCGCCUUGUGUGUUGCUACAUCUUCUUCCUCAUCUCCACUGGUCUGCCCAUCAACCUCCUCACCCUCCUGGUCACCUUCAAACACAAGAAGCUCCGGCAGCCGCUCAACUACAUCCUGGUCAACCUGGCGGUGGCUGACCUCUUCAUGGCCUGCUUCGGCUUCACUGUCACUUUCUACACAGCCUGGAAUGGAUAUUUCGUCUUCGGUCCCAUUGGCUGUGCCGUGGAAGGCUUCUUCGCCACUCUGGGAGGCCAGGUUGCCCUCUGGUCCCUGGUGGUCUUGGCCAUAGAGCGUUACAUCGUUGUCUGCAAGCCCAUGGGAAACUUCCGCUUCUCUGCCACCCAUGCCAUGAUGGGCAUCGCUUUCACCUGGGUCAUGGCCUUCUCCUGUGCUGCUCCACCCCUCUUUGGCUGGUCCAGGUACAUGCCGGAGGGGAUGCAGUGCUCCUGUGGCCCCGACUAUUACACCCACAACCCUGACUACCACAACGAGUCGUACGUCCUCUACAUGUUUGUCAUCCACUUCAUCAUCCCAGUCGUGGUCAUCUUCUUCUCCUAUGGGCGCCUCAUUUGCAAAGUCCGAGAGGCAGCCGCGCAGCAGCAGGAGUCAGCCACCACCCAGAAGGCAGAGAAGGAGGUGACGCGGAUGGUGAUCCUGAUGGUGCUGGGCUUCAUGCUGGCCUGGACGCCCUAUGCUGUAGUGGCAUUUUGGAUCUUCACCAACAAGGGAGCAGACUUCACAGCCACGCUGAUGGCAGUGCCUGCCUUCUUCUCCAAGAGCUCCUCUCUUUACAACCCCAUCAUCUACGUCCUCAUGAACAAGCAGUUCCGUAAUUGCAUGAUCACCACCAUCUGCUGUGGCAAGAACCCUUUUGGUGAUGAAGAUGUCUCCUCCACCGUAUCCCAGAGCAAGACUGAGGUCUCCUCCGUCUCCUCCAGCCAAGUUUCACCUGCAUAGACCAUGGACAGUUUGAACUGGGUGACGGCCGAGCUCGGGGACCGAGACAUCCCCACACCCACAACCACGUUCCACUCAGUCACUCCUCUAUACGCUGCAGCCCUCCCCUGCUGUCCUGCAUGCUCCUGCCUGGCAAAGCAGCUGUGCAUGUGCUGCUGCUGCUACAUCUCUUUUCUCCAGCUGUGUUGUCCCCCUGGUGCCAACAUGGCCCUUUGAGCUCUCCCACAGCCCUUCCCCUGAGCACUGCACACCCUGCUCACUGACAUCAUGCUAAACCCAUCCUGGCACAAGAACAUGGGAAGAGGGGAAAGAGAAACCCCAGGUUGUUAUGGAGAGGGGGAGGAGUCCCUUUGUAGCACCUACUGGUCCAGAAGGGAGAACUGACUCUCUGACCCAGGCAUUGCAUGCAAACACCUUUCCCAGGGUUCCCAAACGCACAUGCAGAGCUGCAGGGUGGGCAGCAAGGAGGGUAGAUACUUCUCCCACCAGGGCACCACAUCCAUCCCAUGUUCUUCACCCUCUAUAGCACUUCUACAGCACCAAAAUCCAGUCAGAUCCCUUCUCCAGCUCCUGGGAGCUGCUCAGCAUUUGGGGAUAUUCCCUACCCACCCCAAGUGCCAGCAGAGAUCCCUUCUUGCUUCACAUCACACUGCAACAGCAGUGGGAAAACCUGAACUUGAAUAUUCUCCUCCCUGCUCCCCUGUUAGCAUCCCCCUCCCCCUGGUGCCCAAGGGAGAGUCUAUUUCCAAAAAAUAAGCAUUCAAAGACAGCACCACCGCAAACCCCGGCAGCACGAGUCUGUGCCCACAGUGCUUCCAGCUGCCCCAUCCCAGCACCAGAGGAUCCAUCCCUGCAGGGCUGCACACCCCACUGACGGCACCGCCGGCAGCGAUCGAUACCCGCGGUCUUUAUAAAUCAAUAUAACAAAUGGAGCUGUGAGAGGGCUCUCCUUCAAGACCGACUCCCUGUAUCCCCAAGACAACACUGUAGAUAUAUAUAUUUUUGUCUUGGAACCUGUAAAUAUUUGCUCGCAUCCUUUGAAAUCUCUAUCUUUCUUGGCCCUUUCCUUCUCCCAGCUCUGAGGCACAGAAACUGUCUCUCACCUUGGCUGCAGCUGGACACGCACCACCAGCCUUGGAGGGUGGCACCAAUCCCCAACCGCUUUCCUGUACAUAUUUUAUAAAUAAAUAACAUCGUGUCAGCACAAGGACUUCUACGGCUGAGAAGUAGGGAUUGAAAAAAAUAGGAAAUAAACAGAAGCAGC